ACUAAUUAAUAUCUAUACUCCCGUUAUUCAUAAAUGAAACCCAACCUAUUUGAAUUGUCCUGCUUUUAUAUAUUUUGUAUUGUUGCAACAUUUUUAUUGUGGAAUUGCCUGAACGUAUCCACAAAAUUUAGUACGGGCAGAUGGCAACUUGUUCUUUUGAUUAAUGCUAUGAGCGUUAGAGUUACAGCUCAUGAAAACAUUUUGGAAAAUCAAUAAACACAUGCUGCAUUGUUGCAAAUGAUUGUUACCAGUAUGAAUGCUGAAAUGGAAUAAAGAUCAAUCUUGGAAGUUCUUUAAUAGGCAACGGACACUGUCUUAUCAGAGAUACAUUAUAUUUAAUCAAACAUGGCCAAUCCUAUAAUGUAUGACAUUGAAAAAUCUUGACAUAAACUGUGAUAAGAAUUCUACUUGUAAAAAAAAACUAUUUUCAUUCUGUGAUCAGCAAUAACCAGAUAAUAAUAUGCCAAACUGCUGUUGGUAGCUUUAAGGGGGAAAUGCCUCAAUAGUAAAGACGCCUCCCCACCCCCAGGACUUUACGAAGACUUCAGAACCAGAAGCUGCAAAGAAAAGAAAGCAGACGCUGAGGUUAUGUUUCUAAAAAUACAGACCACAGGACUCAAAUGAAGAGUGAAAAUCAAACUGUGAGUCCAGAAUUUUACUUCCAACCAUUCACAACCAUCCCAGAGAUGAAAUGGUUGAUCUUCUGGACUUUGCUGAUUCUCUACUUGCUCAGCCUAUUCGGGAAUGCGUCCGUUGUUUUCGUCAUUUACACUGCAAGUUCUCUCCAUACCCCAAUGUAUUUUUUCUUGGCUAACCUGGCAUUUCUGGAGAUCGCCUACUCUUGUACCAUUGCCCCCUUAACUUUGGCUCAUCUUGCUUCAGUGAGAAAGGUUGCCAUUUCUUUGGGUGGGUGUGGCACCCAGCUCUUUUUCUUUACCUUGCUGGGGGGCUCAGAUUGUGUCCUGCUGGCUAUCAUGGCUUAUGAUCGAUGCAUGGCAAUUUGCCGCCCAUUAAACUACCCUCUCAUUAUGACCUGGAGAAUGUGUGUGAAUCUUGUAGUUGGGGCAUGGGCCACGAGUGGGUUUCUUGGUUUCCAGCUGAGUCUCCUCAUACUAACCCUGCCUUUCUGUGGCAAUAUAAUCACUAAUUUUUUCUGCGAUUUUCCUGCUCUAAUGAAACUGACAUGUGGAAACAUCCAUGCCCAGCAAAAUAUCCUUUUUAUUACAAGUAUGAUUCUCUUGACUUUUCCCUUCAUAGUAAUCAGCAUGUCCUAUGCCUUUAUCACAAUGGCCAUCAUACGCAUCCCUUCUGCCUUGGGGCGUCAACGAGCUUUCUCUACUUGUUCCUCCCAUUUAAUGGUUGUCCUUAUGCAGUAUAGCUGUAGCAGUUUAAUAUACCUGUGCCCUACUUCCAGCUUCUCAGGGGUGCAAAUUCGGAUGGUGUCUGUCUUCUACACUUUCAUCACACCUGUAUUAAACCCCCUGAUCUACAGCAUGAGGAGCAAAGAGUUAAAAGAGGCAAUGAAUAAGUCCUUGAGAAGAAUAAUACUGCCUCAGAAGAAAUGAGACAAUUCUGUCAAUAAGGGAGAAAACACUCACCAACUAUAAUAAAAAUAUGGUGGGAUCAAGAAGACAAGAAACUGAUGGAUGGGUAGACUAUCUGCAUGCUUACAACUUCUGUAUAUUAUCAUAAUCUUUGCAGAGCCCAAUGUCUGAAAUUCUUUCCAACUCCUUUAUUGGCAGUAGACAUAGAAGGUCCCUGUGCUCUAUGGAAUAUACAGUAAUAAUGUACAUAUAUGUGUGUGCUACACGCACACAAACUUUCUCCCAAAAGCCAACUGAGCUGCAUAUGAGGCUUCUGAGUACAUGUGCAUAUGUGUAUGAGAAAGAAAACCUGGGUCCAUAUAUGUGUUUUUUUAAAAAUAUGUUUUAUUAAUUUUUUAACAUAGUCACCUUAAUAUUCGG